AUGGCCUUUCUACGAUUUACCGGUCGCCAGAGCCCAGCCCGCCACGAGGACCACAAGUACUUUGUGUCCACCCGUCCCGGACGACCCCAGUCGGUGCUGUCCGACGAGACCCUGGUUUCCAGGACCAUCGUCAGCGCCGACAAGGUUGCCGGACGGCGGCGUAAGUUUGGUGAUAAGCUGAGGAGUCUGUUGAGAGGGGACAGGGACAAGGCCGACAAGGCCCCAGUCGCAAGCAAGAAGUCUUCAAUGACCUUGCCCAAGACCAGCCCAGUGUCGUCUUGUGUCCCCAAGAAGGCGGCGGCCGUGGCUGCUGCUGCUUCCAAACCGGCAGCAUCCACUAGGCCUGCCUCCCCCUCUCCCUCCCCGGCUUGCUCCGACGGGUUCAUGUUCUGGCACGACCCUUCAGACAACCUGACCCCCGUGACCUCCCACGAGUCGUUUGGCUCGGUCGACCUGUCGAUCGAAGACACCGACGUGCUCGAGCAGCUCGCAGAGGUCCCCCGAUGCUCCAACCGCAUCUCCAAAUCAACCUCCCAGUCCUCCAUGGCGUCCCAGCUCACUAUCCCGAACUCAGUCAGCUGCACGUCUCAGCUCAGCGCUAUUGCCGUUUCUGCGUUCUCCGACUCCGGUUCCGACUCGGGCAUGUCCGAUUCGGCCACUUGUUUCGGUGCAGAGGAGCUGGACUUCGACGUCAAGGAUGCCUACAACCUCGGAGACUGGGGUCUUCCCCGUGGUCUCACCGAUGGCUACUCGGACAGCGAGGACGAGGACGACCUGCUCGACGACAUUGUCGACUCGGUUGAAUCCGUCUACGCCCCUGUCUCCGCCAAAACCGUUGGAUACACCUUCUGCCUUGCCAUUUGGGGCAAGCCUGAGGUGCGAUCCAAGUUCCUUGCUCUCCAGGACCGAGUUAACAAAAACAAGGAAAAGGAGAUGCCCGUCCACGAGCCUGUUACUCUGGCCAUGUUCUGGUAA